CCCUCUCUUAAACAGUGAUUUGCAAUCGCAGAAUCCCAAUCUUCCAUUUCAUUACGCAUCGGAUUCCUACAACAUUUUUGCGGCAAAGUGCUUCCUUUAUCCUCAUUUUUCUCUCAAAGGAAAAUAUUUUCCGAGAAAGUGACGACUCUCACUCGCUUUGCCAUUCCUACACGAAUAAAUGUGGUAUAGAUCAGCAUCUUUCAUCCUCGACAGCAGGCAGCAAAACGACACAGCUUUGCAACCUGACACAUUUUCAAUCUCUUCUCCUCCUGGUAGUACUACGCGGUCUUCCAUGGCCGAUGCCCUUCAAAAUCCCAACCCUAACCCUAACAUUUCUGCUUACUAUCAGACUAGGUCGGCCCACCAUGGCGCCAUCUCCAGCGAUUGGCUCGCCCAGGCUCAGGCUGCUAUUGACCAUCACCCUGAUGGCAAUGCGAUUUCGGGAAGUGAUGUCAGGGUGUCAGAUCCUGAUAAGCCGUUCAGCGUGAUCAAUGAGUUCAACAACUGGCGGAAACAGCCCGAUUUGGCCGAGGCCGUCGCGGCUAUUCGCGCCUUGGCGGCUGUGAUUAGGUCAAGUAAAGCUACGACGAUGAUGGAACUGGAAAUUGAGCUCAAGAAGGCUUCAGAUUCUCUGAAAUCCUGGGAUACAACCUCUAUCUCUUUGACAGCUGGCUGUGAUCUGUUUAUGCGAUAUGUGACCAGGACCUCUGCCUUAGAGUAUGAAGACUUCAAUUCUGCAAGGUUACGAUUAAUUGAACGCGCUGAAAAGUUUGGCGAAAUCUCAUACAAGGCUCGUAAGGUUAUUGCAAUGCUGGCUCAAGAUUUUAUUUUUGAUGGCUGUACAAUUUUAGUUCACGGUUAUUCCAGAGUUGUCCUUGAAGUUCUCAAAUUGGCAGCACAAAAUAAGAAACUUUUUCGGGUUUUCUGCACAGAGGGAAGGCCAGACCGGACAGGUUUGCGGUUGUCAAAUGAACUGGUCAAACUUAACAUCCCCGUUAAACUUCUGAUAGACUCUGCAGUCGCAUAUACCAUGGACGAGGUGGACAUGAUAUUUGUGGGGGCAGAUGGAGUGGUUGAGAGUGGGGGUAUAAUUAACAUGAUGGGAACCUACCAAAUUGCAUUGGUUGCACACUGCAUGAACAAACCAGUUUACGUGGCAGCUGAAAGCUACAAGUUUGCUCGUCUUUAUCCUCUGGACCAGAAGGAUUUGGCCCCUGCCUUGCUACCUAUUGAUUUUGGUGUGCCUAUUCCAUCCAAGGUUGAGGUUGAAAGGUCUGCGAGGGAUUACACUCCUCCUCAAUAUUUGACUCUGCUUUUCACUGAUUUAGGUGUUCUUACUCCUUCCGUUGUUAGUGAUGAGCUUAUCCAACUAUACUUGUAGCCAUGUCUUUCCUCUUAUUCUUUUCAAGGUAGUGUUGUGACUCUGGAUACAUGAGUCUGCUCCCCCACUUUUGCAACAUGUUCUGUGCAUGUGCAACUUAGAUAUGGAUGGGAUGCUUCUAGGAAUUUUAUUUCUCCUCAGGGAAAAAAAAAAUUUAAGAUGUUUUUAGAUUUUUUAGAAGUAAAAUUAUGAAUUGAUAAUAUGUUAAUAUUUUGUUUGAAACUCAUCUAAAAUAGGUUAAUACAUUAUUCUCCCACUGGUUACUUUUUAA